CCAAAACAGAGCGCAACUUCAUGAUCCGAGCCCUGCUGACCUUCCACGCAUCCACCUGCAGUCGCUUUGUCUGGAGGAGGAGACAACGCAAUUACCUCUACUUCUACUCUGGAUCUGGGUGUUGGUCCUACCUGGGCCGACAGAGUAGAGGACAGCUUGUCUCCCUGCAGAAAAAUGGUUGUUUGUACACAGACACAGUGCAGCACGAGGUUCUCCACGCUCUGGGCUUCCACCACGAGCAAGUCCGCUCCGACAGAGACAGCUACGUCUCCAUCCUCUACCAGAACAUUAAGCCAGGACAAACACAUAACUUUAUGAAGCGGAAAACUAACAACUUGGGUACUCCCUACGACUUCGACUCUGUCAUGCACUACGGAAAAUACGCCUUCAGCAAAAACAGGGAACCAACCAUCCUCGCUAAGAGAAAUCCGAGUCUUAACUUUGGGACUGCUCGUACGAUGAGCAAGAAUGACAUUGCCCGUGUCAACAAGCUUUACCAAUGUUAAUCAACGAAAAGAAAAGGUCGGCCUCGAGAUACUUCAACCCCCCGGCUUCUUAUGAUUCAACAGAUCUGCUGUUUAACAGUAGCUAUAGCUU